AUGGUAAGUUCGCUGGCAAUUAGUCUGACCCGCGAAAUGUAGCGUGAAUGUAUCAGCGUACAUGUUGGCCAAGCCGGAGUCCAGAUGGGCAAUGCCUGCUGGGAGCUCUACUGUCUGGAGCAUGGCAUCCAGCCCGAUGGACAGAUGCCGAGCGACAAAACUAUCGGCGGAGGCGACGACUCCUUUAACACCUUCUUCAGCGAGACUGGUUCUGGAAAACAUGUACCCCGUGCUGUCUUCGUAGAUCUGGAGCCCACAGUUGUGGACGAGGUUCGCACUGGCACCUACCGUCAGCUAUUCCACCCUGAACAAUUGAUCACGGGCAAGGAGGAUGCUGCUAAUAACUACGCUCGUGGCCACUAUACCAUCGGGAAAGAGAUCAUCGACCUCGUGCUGGAUCGUAUCCGCAAGCUGUCGGACCAGUGCACGGGUCUUCAAGGGUUCUUGAUUUUCCACUCUUUCGGCGGCGGCACAGGUUCUGGCUUUACCUCGCUGCUGAUGGAGAGAUUGAGCGUAGACUACGGGAAGAAGUCUAAGCUGGAGUUCUCAGUGUACCCAGCACCCCAGGUCUCGACGGCCGUGGUUGAGCCAUACAAUUCGAUUCUGACGACGCACACGACUCUAGAGCACUCUGACUGUGCCUUCAUGGUGGAUAACGAGGCCAUCUACGAUAUCUGCAGGUAGGUGUGUUGUCAGUUUCAGCAAUAACACAAAUUGUUUUUCUUAAGGCGAAACUUGGACAUCGAGAGACCAACAUACACGAAUCUGAACCGUCUGAUUAGUCAGAUAGUGAGUUCGAUUACAGCGUCCCUGCGUUUCGACGGCGCUCUGAACGUGGACCUGACUGAGUUCCAGACCAACCUUGUUCCUUACCCCCGUAUCCACUUCCCUCUGGCAACGUACGCGCCGGUGAUCUCGGCUGAGAAGGCCUACCAUGAGCAGCUGAGUGUUGCCGAAAUAACAAACUCUUGCUUCGAGCCGGCAAAUCAGAUGGUCAAGUGUGAUCCUCGUCACGGCAAAUACAUGGCUUGCUGUCUAUUGUACCGCGGUGAUGUUGUGCCGAAGGAUGUGAAUGCGGCGAUUGCAGCCAUCAAGACGAAGCGCACAAUCCAGUUUGUAGAUUGGUGUCCGACCGGUUUCAAGGUUGGCAUCAACUACCAGCCGCCGACGGUAGUGCCGGGUGGUGAUUUGGCGAAGGUUCAGCGUGCAGUGUGCAUGCUGAGCAACACGACGGCGAUUGCCGAAGCGUGGGCCCGUUUGGAUCACAAGUUUGAUCUGAUGUAUGCCAAACGCGCGUUUGUGCACUGGUAUGUGGGUGAGGGCAUGGAAGAGGGCGAGUUCUCUGAGGCGCGUGAGGACUUGGCUGCCCUGGAGAAGGACUAUGAGGAAGUUGGUGUGGACAGUGCGGAAGCCGAGGAAGGAGAAGAGGGUGAGGAGUAUUAA